AUAAUGCAGUGUGUUGGUGCAGGUUACAGCUGCACCUGUAAACAUAAAUGUUAAACCGGUAGUUAAUAAGAGUGCCGGGAAGGUGGAAGACGAGGAGGCGUGUUCACGCCACCAUGUGAUCGGAAAUUACCCCUGCAGAGAGAGACAAAGUGCCAAAACAAGGGGAAGCGGAGAGUUUGAGCGGGUUCUUCAGGAUUUAAGGAGCUGCUUUUAUUCAGCAACACUUCCACGGACUCGCUGCUUCGCUUUGUUGUCUUUUCACCGCAGUCAAACCUAGCAAGCCACCUUAGUACGCUAAGGGUUGUUCUGAGGUCAGACUGCUGAAAUGACAAAGCUGUGACAGUGGACAUCCAAGAGUCUUCCUGCUGGCCCAAAUCGAGUGACAUGGCUGCUGCAAAGAAGAGGUGUGCAAAGGUGGGAGGCGUCCGCUUCCCUGAGGAACUUCCCUCAGUCGGAGCAACAUCCCACGUUCAUUUUGACGAAAAGCUGCAUGACUCUGUUGUCAUGGUGACCAUGGAAGAAGACGGCAACUUCAUGGUCAAGGUUGGCUUUCUGAAGACGCAGCAUCGCUAUGAGAUAGUGUUCACCCUGCCGGAGGUCCCAGCGGUGGGUAAAGAUGUGUGUCCGGCUCCUUUACCCAACCCACACCUCAAAAUCACCGACAUCUCAGCAGCACCAGAGGGAGGCCUGAAGAUAACGUGUGAGUACUUGGCCCUGCAGGAGGGGGUUCUCUGCGAGGAGGUGCUGCUGCUGAGCGAGACCAGCGACGCCGUCUGCAUCAGGGUCAAAGUUCACGCCAGAGUCAUGGAUCGUCAUCACGGUACGCCCAUGCUGCUGGAGGGGGUUCGCUGUAUUGGCACGGAGCUGGAGUACGACUCGGAGCAGAGCGACUGGCAGGGAUUCGACUGAACCUAAAGUCUCCAACUCCCAGUUGUACCUGCAGAAACACAAACGCACUCAUCUGACAUGUCAGAGGUUUACACCCACCUUAAGGCUCAGAAAUGUCAUCUUCUCAUAUAAGAAACAAAAUAAAAGCUUCCAUUCUGAUUUAGACACGCAGAUUAGUGCGUAGCAGCAUCUUAGCCUGCAGCGAUCACCAUCCUGGCCUCAGUGUUUAAGGUCAGACCUUAAUAUGGGAAACAUUCCUCUGUUUUAAGUGUGUCAGCCGCAGCGUCAGAGCGUUUUCCCACCUGUUCUUGUUGUAAACUGUGUUUUCCUUACUGAACCUGUAGAGGGCAGCAUUACCCUUCGAAUCAGGCUCCAAUCCUCAUCUGUUCUUCUUGUUCUCUAGCUCUUGCCACUCUUGGCUUUUUACUGUUAGGCGUACAUAAGGGCUCAUCCAUCAGCUAUUAAAAAAUCUUGGUUCUGAAUGAAGGAACAACUCUGACCUAUUCAGGAAAGUAUGAACACUGAGCUUAUAAAGUCUGUUUAAUGAUAAAAGGGCCACUGUAUACCACUGUAUGUAACACGGCUCCGGUCUGAGGACUACAGUUUAAAGGUUCCUGUAUCUGCAGGGGUUUUUUAUUUAUGUGUGAAAUGCAUUUUUACAUUCUGUACCUGACAUUUCUGUUGUGGUCUCUUGGCUUUAACCUGCCCUCAUCAUUACUACUUCAGAGUAUUUUUGUUGCUUUUCCAUAGCGGCUGCUUAGGAGACCCUUAAAAAUGAGUCAGGGUAUUUUAGUGAGGUCAGACGAGGAAUGCAUGCACAGCAGCUGUAUUAAAGGAAAGAAAAAAUGACACCUCAUUAUAGAUGGCACAGAUCUGCAGCCAUGUUUCACUGUUUCCUAAGGUGGAUUUCCUACUUUAGUCAUUAUAAAGAGGUGAUGAUAGUAAGAACUGAGAUGGUUUUUUUCCCUCAUCUUAUUAAAUCAUUUUUAGCUGUAUUCAUUCAUAUUUGAGUUCCCAAGUUUUACAAAAAUAAACCAUUUAAAUGAGUCACAGUCAAAACAGAAAUGCACUGGAAACGUAAUAAUUUUACUGUAUUAAAUUGAAUUAAAAAUUUGAUUCAGUCAGCAGACUGAACUGAGGUAUAGUUAUAAUGCCAAAUGUCCUGUGAAGAUUGAAGACAUUUCUGUUUUUUAAUAAAAUAUUUUUGUUUUGAUUGGUGUUUUUUCCCAUUGCUGCCCUUGUUCAAGCCAUCUGUCCUUUAACAAAUUCUUCCACAAUGUGAAUAAUCUUAUUUUCUAUUGUAAAUCCCGUUCCAAACUAUUCAAGGGGACAUGUCGUUUUUACAGUUUUCCAUCUCUAGUGUGUUCAGGCUUGUUCGUGAUGCAUAGAUUUAUUUCCAGGUAUGAAAUUGAUCAAUACUUUUUAAAACGGGAAGAAGGCGAGUACAGGGCUAUAAGUUAGCCGAAAUGUGCUGAAUCGGUUCAUCAGUGCAUAACACAAUGACGGCUCAAACAAAAUAAUGAUAUCAAAGGCCUCAACUCAAAUUCAUGUUCAUUAAAAGAAGACUAAUGUACUUAUUUACCCAAGGGAAAAGUCAGGAGAACUAACCCAACCAGUUUAACGGCUCUGCGGAGAGUCCAAUCAGUAAUUCACUACAGUAGUGAAUGUCUUCUGGUGACAUAAAACCUUAUUUUCAAAUUUUUUAAUUCUGGGAGCAUUCAGGUAAAUGUUGUAAUUUCUGCUCCAGUUCUGACCAGCAUUAUUGCUUCCAAUUUAAACUAAAAGUUGUAUGAGGCAGUUUAUUGAGCCAAGACCGCAUGAUUAUCCAU